AUGGUGACGACUGGAGUUGAACGUUACGCCGUCUCAAUUUAUGCGUCACAGGUACAGGAUAUCAUACCUGCAAGAAGUUUAGAGAGACGCGUUGUGGUGUUGGGAGCUCAAACGACAGGGUUCUCAUCAGGACUUCAAAAAGACUACCUGCACAAGAAGGUUCAGACAUCACUCAAGACUCGAAGCUUCAAGUUUUUAGUUGAAAAAAAAAACACUCACCUGAUUUUAACGCAGGGGGGCACACACACACACACACACCCCACAAUGUCGGGGACGCAUGCACACUUAUCUCCAAGGAGAUCCAGGAAGAGGUACGGCCCCACUGUGUCCACUCUCAUCCUGAACGCUAUUUCCUCUUACGGGGGGCCCCGCGGCGUCUCCUUGGUAGCCCUCAAGAAGGUGCUGAAGGCCAGCGGCUACAACGUGACCAGGAACAGAGCCAGGAUCCGCCUCACUCUCCGCAAGCUGGUGACGCAGAAAUACAUCCGACGCACCAGGGGCAAAGGCGCGUCUGGAUCCUUCAAGAUCAACCGGAAACUCCCCGCAGGUCGCAAAGGUGCGAGGAAGGGCAGAAGGAGGAAGAGAGGAAGGAAGAGAGGAAGAGCCAGAGCAGGGAGAAGAAGGCCCAGCAGGGGUCGCUCCAGGAAGAGACGCAGAAGUGCCACUCCUGCGAGAAAGAGGUCAACCAAGAGGAAAAGGAGAAAGGCCCCUAGAAGAAGAGCCAGGAAGACCAGGAGGGCCAGACGCAAGAGUGCUCAACCCAAGACCCGCAGUAGGAGGAGGAGGAGGAGGAUGAGCAGGCUUUAAAAGUGACCCCGGAAGGUCGGGGAUCCUUGAAAGCACAUGGACUAUGUAUUAAUAAAGCUAUAUGCUAUCUUUCCUUCUAUAACAAGGA